AUGCCUCUGUGGUCAUCUUCCCAAUGGAGCUGGAAGCUAGGGCAGAAGGACACAGUGGGGGCCUCUCCCCAGCUCCCCAGACAGGACUACAAGGCACUGCAGGAAAGGUGCCUAAGGGACGGCUGCCUCUUUGAAGAUGACACCUUCCCAGCCACUCUGAGCUCCAUCGGCAGCGGGCAACUGCUGCAGAAGCUGCCAGGGCACCUGCAGUGGAGGAGGCCAACGGAACUACAUGUCAACCCCCACUUCUAUUCUGCCAAGGCCAAAAGGCUGGAUCUGUGCCAGGGAUUGUUAGGUGACUGCUGGUUCUUGGCUGCUUUGCAAGCUCUGUCUUUGCACCAGGACAUCCUGAGCCAGGUUGUCCCCCUGAAUCAGAGUUUCACCGAGAACUAUGCUGGCAUCUUCCAGUUCUGGUUCUGGCACUUUGGGAAGUGGGUUCCUGUGGUGAUAGAUGACCGACUGCCCGUGAAUGAAGCUGGCCAGCUGAUCUUUGUCUCUUCCAUCUUCAAGAACUUGUUCUGGGGAGCUCUUCUGGAAAAGGCCUAUGCUAAGCUCUGUGGCUCCUAUGAGGACUUGCAGCGUGGACAGGUGUCUGAUGCCUUUUUGGACUUCACCGGUGGAGUGUCAGUGACCAUCAAACUGGCAGAAGCACCUAGAAACCUCUGGGACAUCCUAAGCCGAGCCACCUAUGGCAGAACCCUCAUCGGCUGCCAGACCCACUCAGGGAACCAGAGGGUGCUGGAGAAUGGGCUAGUGGAUGGCCAUGCCUACACUCUCAUAGGAACCAGGAAGGUGACCUGCCAUCACAAGCCUGAAUAUCUAGUCAAGCUGAGGAACCCCUGGGGGAUGGUGGAAUGGAAAGGAGACUGGAGUGACAGCUCAAGUACAUGGGAACUACUGAGCCCCAAGGAGAAGAUGGUGCUGCUGAGAAAAAAAGAUGAUGGAGAAUUUUGGAUGACACUUCAGGACUUUAAAGUACAUUUCAAGCUUCUGGUCAUCUGUAAACUUACCCCAGGCCUUCUGAGUCAUGAAGUGGGCCAGAAGUGGUCAUACACUGCACAGGAGGGGAGAUGGAAGAAGGGGACCACUGCUGGGGGCCCCAUAAAGUCGCACCACGCCCGAAACACAUUUUGGAGGAACCCGCAGUUCCUGCUGUCUGUCUGGAGGCCGCAGGAGGGCAAGAUGUUCCUCACGCCCUGCAGUGUGCUGGUGUCCCUGGUCCAGAAGCCCAGGCACAGGCACCGCAACCGGAAGCCUCACCUCGCCAUCGGCUUCUACCUCUUCAGGAUGAGCAGGUUCUAUGAUGACCUGAAGAAACUGCCCCCUGAGUUCUUCUUGCAAAAUAAACCCCUGAGUUUUCCUGAGGUGUUUCUCCCAGAAAAAGAAGUGAGUAAGGAGCUGUGGCUGGAGCCGGGGAUGUACCUCAUCGUGCCCUGCACAUCGGAGGCCUGUCAGGAGUCGGAGUUCGUCCUCAGAGUCUUCUCCAGGAAGCACGUCUUCUAUGAAAUUGGCAGCAAUUCCAGAGCUGUCUUCUCUAAGGAAAUCGUAGACCAAACUGAAGGGCAGGAUGAAGUCUUCACCAAACUCUUUGAAAAGUGUCCAGAAAUAAAUGCAGCUCAACUGCGGAGGAUCCUGAACCAGCUGACCUGGUCAGGUCUGGGGAGCACACAGCCCCUCUUCAGCCUCGACGCCUGCCAGAGCAUCCUGGCCCUAAUGGACCUUAAUGCAUCAGGCACCGUGAGCAUCCAGGAAUUCAGAGACCUGUGGAAGCAGCUGAUGCUCUACCAGGCGGUUUUCUACAAGCAAGACAGUAACCAGUCAGGAUGCCUGAACUGGUCCCAGCUGCGGGCUGCCAUAAAGGAUGUAGGAAUCGUGCUCAGCGAUGACAUCUGCCUGCUGAUGCUUAUCCGCUACAGCGGCCCCAAGCUCCAGAUGGACUUUGUCAGCUUUGUCCUCUUGAUGCUGCGAGCAGAGAAGACGGAGAGUAUCUUCCAAAACUUAACCCAAGAUGGCAAAGGGAUAUACCUCCAGAAGCCAGAGUGGCAGAUGAUGACUCUGUACUGCUGA